CUCCCAUAUGCGUGACAACUUUGCUUGAAAUAUACAAUUUGUCAUCUGAUAAACUUCGACGCGGUUCUCCGUGACUUAUUUCCCCCCGGUGAAAGAGCCCCUUCCGCAAAACUCUCAGUUUGGUCACUCGCCGGCACAUGCAGAGAUUCCUGGGGUGCCUUGCGGACUCACCGUGGAAACGACGAUCUUUACGAAGACGACGGAGGCUGGCUCAUCGAUUGUCCGCAAAUUCAAUUAUAAGAAGUACCUCCUUUAUGGCAUCUCCUUUUCGGCCUCAAAAAUCCUCAGAUAACCACCUCCGUUUGUAAUGUGGCAAGCGGCUCGCUCACUUGCCACCUUGUGCCAGAUAUACACUCGCUGUCGCCAUCCACAGUCUCUUGCAAUUGCAACCGACUCUAGCCGCUGACAUGUUUUCCUUUAAACCCACUCGCUUAAAAUGAGAAGAAAUCGCCUUUCUCCUUCUUUUCCUUCCACUGGUAACUCAUUUUUGUCGAAAAACCCACCCUUUCUCUCUUGAAAUCCCUGGAGAUGUUAUCUGUCUUGCGUUUGAUGCUCUGCGAGUCCACCGACUCAAACCGUCGUUCCAAACUUGGCAUUGUGUCACCUGUCCUCUAACGGGUUUGCGUUAUCUCUUAGUCUUCUGUUUCGUCUUUUUACCAGAUCUGAUCCGAAAUCCACGCGGGGGCCCGUGGCCCUGGACCGCUAGUUUGCCGAUUGGUAUUCGCAGGUUCAUUUCGUGCUCCAUGGAAAAACAGAUAACGGAUUUAGUUUUUUUUAGUUCGGAUGGAGCAGGGAUUUCAUGUGACUUCUCUUCUUUUCUAGCCUGUCCGAUUUACACGACCUCCGACUCGCGGGCUCCGGGACGCGCCACCCCGGUACGAUGGGGCUUUGCCCCUUUCCAAUGACACCUGUCGUUUUUCCUUUUUCAUUGACUCUUUGCGGCAAUCUAGAUACGGCGUAGACAACUGAAGUUGCGGUUCCCUUUGGUGUGUCAAAACCUGUUCGUAUUUUUUUCCUCGUUUUGUGCUCUCUGGAUUGCGCCCUGACCUCUCCAGGGAGCUGUUUUCAAAGGCUCGGUCUCUUUCAUUUUCUCCGCGUUUUGUUGUUUCCUCUGUAAACGAAAAUGGGAGGCACGGUUUCAACCGAAGAAAACAAGCAAUGGGCUUUGGAAAAAGUCCUCUUCUUCGAUCCAGAGACACGACCGGACCCUGAUGAAGUCCUUCAGGGUAGAGGCGGCGCCGGUUGCGUCAAGCGAUUUACGCCCAGCAGCGCAAAACUCUGCAACCGAAAUUUCUUGAUUCGAUUUUUCAUUGACGGCAAGGGAAGGGAAUUCGUUUUGAAGCUCCAAAACCAACCCCACUGCCGCUUGCUUCUCUGCGACAAAUCAGGGGAACCUAUCAAGGAGAUCCGAACAACUCGAAUCAAGUAUAUUCAGCGCCAGAAUGUGAGAGUGGAGGUGUAUGUCAAGACAGAGAGAAACGAGAUGUCGUCCUUGUCGUUUGAUUUCGAGAACGCGAAGGAGUGUGACCUUUUUUCAGAGUUUUUUAAAAUGCUCUUCGGCAUACAGGUUCACCAUUUCGGCUUCCGCGACAUGGGCAGUGGAAUGGCAGACUUGAUGAAGAACGACGACGGCUCCGAUGACAGCGAUUGGUCGGGAACCGAUGAAGACGAUUACGAACGCCGACAGAAAGCGCAAGCUCAACAACGCCGACAGAGAAAAAUGGCUCUUCAGAGACGCACGGGAUGUCCGCUACACGGAGAUAAACCUUGUGCAUGUGCAGUUGAGAGGCCCACCAUAACUCAGGGUGACGAUGAGUCAUCGUCUUCUGAAGAUGAAGUCCAAGCCGCAUGGUCCAGUCGGUUCCCUGUGUCCAUUGAAGGAGUCUGCGAGUCUGGGAGCACUGUGCGGAUGAAAGAUCUCACAGCUCGACUGGUGAAUAAGGCGCCUGCUCGAGUUGUCGAGUGGUUUUUCUCAAAUGAGCCAGGGAAGGAUCCCUCCUUUCCAACAGUGCCCAUAAAGACUGGGCUUUCCUUGAGAAUCGAGGAACGAUACGUAGGGAGCUCCAUUCAAAUUCGAGUUGCGCGUCGCAUGGAGGGGUCGAACUUGGCCAAUCCGUUCGUCUACUCUGUUGCGGUCAAAGGCCCUGUAACUGUCAAUUCAGUGACCGCGAGACUGAUGCUGGAAUACCUGGCCGAGACUGAAACGCCAAUCGAAGUGACAAUGACGAAUCAGUCGCUUCACACCCUCUUUGACCUUCCCCCAGACUGUGUCGCAAACACCAGACCUUUCUUUGAUUCGACGCUUUAUCUCACCCGCUUAGGGCUCGCUUUCAGGGCAAACGUUCGCGACCUUGAAGAUCCUCUGGAAAGAGCGAUUCCUUGGGAGUUUUUCUACGUCACACGGCCGGAACCGGAUGAACUGGACUACAGAGAAGACGACAUCACCAUGAUUUUUCAUAUUCUCAGUUACUCAUUCUCCGUAGCGGGCUUCAGAGAAACCACAGUGACAAUCCGUCUGCCGUCAGAGAGUAUUCGCGAUGCGGUGUACCACACCGUUGUUUUUUUCCGGCUUCAAAGGAAAGUGACGUCGUACGAGCGAUUUGCGCGCGAUCUGGCGACGGGGAACUGCACGGAGAUCAAGCAUCGGUACGCCCGCUUGUGGACGGAGAACUCUUGGACGAGUUACGCGACUCUCGCGCCUUCGCAGGAGGCUCUGGCGCGAGUGGCGGAGGCCGCGGUCGCCGCGGGGCCUUACGUUCCCCGUCCCUCGGCCGCGGCGCGCCUACCUCGGACAGAGAGCAGCAAUUGUACGCCUGGAAAGCCGAAGCAGAAACCGGCUCAGCCAGCAGCUCGUACCGGGAAAAGCGCUGCGGGGCGAGAAGAGGCGGAGCGGAAACGAGAAGCUCCGGCAGCGCGCGCGGGAGGGAAGCAGAUGCCGGGAGACAGCGGCAAAGCAGAGACACAGGCUCCCGCCAAGCAGAGUGCCGCAGAAGCCGUCCGAGCAAGGCUCGCAAACAAACAGCCGAAGCGAGACUACAACGGCUUCGCAGAAGUCUUUGCGGAGACCGUGCAGACCAAACCCCCCCCUGUGAAAACUCCAACGAAAAAAGCUGGACCUCAGUGAUGGGAACAAAGCGGCCACGAACGAGGCUCGAGAAGAGAGAGGAAGACGCAGGGAGGCAGAUCUUGGUAUUCCAUGCGCUAAACCAGAGAGUUCGUCUGCGCUGCGGCUCCUCUCGUGCUCUAGAACCACCCUGGGAGGCGGCAGUCAAGACCAAAAAGGUUUUCCCCGCGUCGACUCGCGUUCGACGCCCUGUCCACGGACAGUGCACGGCACUGUGGUGCUGUUUGUACAGAGAGCGAGAAGAAACCUGCGCAUGCACCUUAGGCCACUGGGCGUUUCAACAGACACGCAACACAGCGUGGAAAGACGCCUCGAGGCGAGAGUCGCACAGGGAGCGCCUCUCGCAAUUCAUUGCGGUUUCCAUGGGGAGUUAUAACCGAGGGUCGCGGCAUUUGCCUGGAGAUCUGCGACAUUGCGAUCGCCUGGCCCUGGGACCGGAAACGACCCGACGGUUCAACCCUGUGAAUUCGUUUUAGUUAAAUAGGAUUAGGAUUGACACUCCGAACCACUUGACAAGGUGACUUCGACUUCGUACCAUUCUGUCUGGAGGUGAGAAAUUCCAUCAGUCAAACAUGCGCAUAAGGGAUGAACUGGAAGCCAGCUGAAUCUCCUAGAGCAUCAGCGGCAAGGCCUGUGGCCCAUCGUGCCGUCACAGAAGGACUCAUUUCCGAGGACAGGUGUGCGAAAGAAGCUGCCGUCAAGACAGGAGAGAAAGCUUCUUCCUUUCUCUAGCGAGGGGCCUCGAUGUUUUUCUGCAUGCACGCGCCGCGCGUAAGGGCGCUCAGGGCGUCUCUCAGCAUGUGUCUGCACUUGGCCGCGACACCGAAGAGAGCGGUCGACCCCGCCCACGAGAAGAAAACCACCGGCGAAAGAAACGGGAAGAAUGGCAAGAACAAUAAGUGUGACACACGAGUUGAAACGCGUGGUGCGAAACAGAUCCUGAGUAUGCUGAAAAGUUGAGUGAGAAAACUCCAUCACACCAGACCAAGUGUCAAGACCCCACAGUCUGGAAAACCCAGACUCUUUUGUGAGUCUGCAUUUCCCUGUUGGCGAGAAGACGGUUUUCUUCGCAGACGUACGACCACAGACAACAGCACUCCAAACUCUUCACUGUCUUCCCUCGUCCUCCGGUUCAGGCACACUGAACGCAUCAUGAGGAGUCGUGCUCAAACAGAGAGAGAGCACAAAAAAAACCGAAAGUGGCUGUCUCUUUGCUUGCCAAGAGCCGCAAUUCACGCGGAGAGGAAGGUAAAAGAUUGUGCACGGUGUCCCUCUUGUUUCACCCACCAAAUUGUAAAUACACAACGGUGAAAAACG